GCGACCUUAAUGAGGAAAAGCGGCAUAGAAAAUGGAUGGAUGGAUAGUUACAUUAUGCCUUUUUGCUCUAUUUUUCCACUUUUGUGGGGUUUUUGUUUAUUUCGGCAGUGUACCACGUUCCACAGAUGGCCACACUUUGGACACCCAUGUGUGUUUUGCCAGGAAGGCGAGCGUGUCCGAGCAAUGAAAAUAAAAUGACCUCAACAUGAAUUUGCUGUAAAGUAUUAUUUAUUACGGUCUAAUGUAUUUCUAUAUAACAACGGCCAUUUUUUAAUUGAAUUUUAAAUCAAUGAAUUAAAUAUAUGAGCCUCUGACAGCAGCUACAUAAAAUAUACUCUAUACUUGAUUAUUACUCAUGCGAAAUACGAAAUAUUACAUCCAUAAAUGCAAAUGGUGAAAGAGAACACGUUGAAUGCAAGAAUUCAUGACUGAAAUGGAUGGACACUUUCAUCUGCUCAGUAGUUAUGUAUGUAAAAAAAAAAAAAAAAAUCUGAAAUUGUAAUUUAUGAUAAAUAUGUAAACAAUACUCAAUGACAUGAAAAAAAAACGUUUAGAGAAUGUACGGUUUUUAUUUAAAACGCCCGUUUCCGUGUCGCUAAACCCAACAGGAAGCGCGUGCUCUUGUUGUGAAAGACGCGACCGGAAGUGUCGUGUGUUUCUCAUUACGGUACUUUGAAAGCUCUCCAGUCUGUCUUCGGCAGUCAGAGUGAAAGUUGUCCGCCAAGGUGGAGGAGUGGGAGCAGCGACAGUAAACGCGGCUUCUUAUUACUGCUUUUUCUCCGGGAGCGAUGAGGCGUAAGGAGAAAAGGCUCUUGCAGUUCGCCGGGGUGCUCAUCGCGGCUCUGCUCUUCCUGCCUAACGUGGGGUUGUGGUCUUUGUACCGGUACCGAGUCUUCGACAGCACGCCGGCCACGGUGGACGGACCGGGGGGAAUGCAGCAGAUACAGGGGCUGAAUCAGAUGAGGAAGGUCACUCAGGUGGGGCAAGAUGGCGUUCGAAGGACGGACUGGCACGACUAUGACGCCAUAAGGAAGGACGCAGCCCGUGUCGGUAACGGCGAACAGGGUAAACCGUUUCCGAUAUCCGACGCCCACCGGGUGGACCUGGCCUACAGGGAGAACGGCUUCAACAUCUACGUUAGUGACCGCAUCUCGCUCAACCGAUCUCUGCCGGACAUCCGCCACGCAAAUUGUAAACAGAAGCUGUAUGCUGAAAAGCUGCCCAACACCAGCAUCAUCAUCCCAUUCCAUAACGAGGGCUGGUCGUCUCUGCUGAGGACGGUCCACAGCGUCCUCAACCGCUCGCCUCCGCAGCUCAUUGCCGAAGUCAUCCUGGUAGACGACUUCAGCGACAAAGAGCACCUCAAAGCGGCCCUGGAGGAGUACAUGGGCCAUAUGCCCAAAGUUCGCAUCCUGAGGACCAAGAAGAGGGAGGGUCUGAUCAGGACUCGGCUGCUGGGGGCCGCCGCCGCCAAAGGGGAGGUCAUUACCUUUCUGGACUCGCACUGUGAGGCCAACGUCAACUGGCUGCCUCCGCUACUCGACCGAAUCUCCCAGAACAGGAAGACGGUGGUGUGCCCGAUGAUCGACGUGAUCGACCACGACAACUUUGGCUACGACACGCAAGCGGGCGACGCCAUGCGCGGGGCCUUCGACUGGGAAAUGUACUACAAGCGCAUUCCCAUACCCACCGAGCUGCAACGGGACGACCCCAGCGAGCCCUUCGAGUCUCCAGUGAUGGCGGGAGGGCUGUUUGCAGUAGAUAGGAAGUGGUUCUGGGAGCUGGGAGGAUAUGACACGGGUCUCGAAAUCUGGGGAGGAGAGCAGUACGAGAUCUCCUUUAAGUUGUGGAUGUGUGGGGGUCGGAUGGAGGACAUCCCGUGCUCCAGGGUGGGACACAUCUACAGGAAGUAUGUCCCUUACAAGGUCCCCGGGGGGAUCAGUUUGGCAAAGAACCUGAAGCGUGUGGCCGAGGUGUGGAUGGACGAGUACGCCGAAUACGUGUACCAGCGCCGGCCAGAGUACCGCCACCUGUCGGCGGGCGACAUGAUGGCACAGAAGGAGCUGAGGAGCCGCCUCAACUGCAAGAGCUUCAAGUGGUUCAUGGCCGAGGUGGCCUGGGAUCUGCCCAAGCACUACCCGCCUGUGGAGCCACCGGCUGCCGCCUGGGGAGAGAUCCGGAAUGUGGGCAGCGGUAUGUGCAUGGAGGUGAAACACUUUGUAUCGGGCAGCCCCGUCCGCUUGGAGAGCUGUGCGAAAAGCCGCGGGGAGGUGGCCUGGAGUCAUGGGCAGGUGUUAACGUUCGGCUGGCGGGAGGACAUCCGUGUGGGCGACCCCAUGCACACCAGGAAGGUUUGCUUUGACGCCAUCUCGCACAACAGCCUUGUCACCUUGUACGACUGUCACGGCAUGAAAGGCAACCAGCUGUGGCGCUACCGGAAGGAUAAGAGUCUGUACCACCCGGUGAGCAACAGCUGCAUCGACAGCAGCCCGAGUGAGCGACGCGUCUUCAUGAACACGUGCGACCCCUCUUCGCUAAGCCAACAGUGGCUGUUUCAGAGAACCAAUGCCACCGUGUUGGAGCAGUUCAACCUGGGCACCGACUGAUGCCGCCGCCGUCACAGCACGAUAAGAACGAUGGCUGAAUAACGAGCUGUUUGACAAACAGUCGUCGAGGCGUAGCGAGUGAGUGGCCGACAUCCAGAAUCCAAUCACACGACACGAGUUUGUGAGCGGGAAGCAGGUGUUGGUGGAGGGGGAGCCAACAGGCAGACCCCAAAGGUCCCCUGUGGAAACCGAGCCGAAAAUGUGGAACAUUUUAUAGACUCUGGAAAAACCUGCUGUCUCUUUUUAAAUCGUGGAAAACACAGGCAGACUCUUGGAUUUUUGUGGAUAAUUAUGGAACUUCCUUUGUUUGCCUUCAAUUGUUGCCUUCAGACUCUUGACUACGCCCUCUACAUGGUGCAUGGAGCACAACUGCUAGACUGCUCACUCAUUUCUAAGAAAUUGCACAUAUUCUCUUUUCUACCCAAUAAAGAUAUUCUUGUUUAGGCUUUGUGUACUUUUUUACAAUUCCAUUUUUCCUGUAUAGUGACGGAUUUGUCCACGCAUCGUUUUGACCCUUGAAACAAUGAAUUCGACCCAAAAUGAUUUGUUGUCACGGUCACCAGAGAACACAAGCGGUCAUCCUUGUAAGCUAACAUUCGUUACACGUUAUUGCUGUUGUAUUUUUACUAACAACAGUUACACGGAUAAAGAGUUUUGCCUAGCAACAAAAGCUAGCAUGCUGUUUUGCUAGUGAUUUCCGUUGGUCACGGCUACGCAUCGACACCAAAGAGGUCGUGUAUUUUUCGUUCAUGCUCAUGUUUGCCCUUGUGUUAAUGUUUUUUAACAUCUAGGAUUUUUUUUUUCCUUUUUUUUUUUUUUUUUUUAGUUUGUGGAAAUUUAGGAUACGUCUGUGUAGGCUCUCAGUCGUACAGGAGUUGU